GCCCGGGCAGCCCCGAGCGCCAUGGCCCCGGCCCCGGCCCCGGCCCCGGCCCGGCCCCGCCGCCGCUGCGGGCCCCGCAUGGCGCUGCCGGUGCCGCUCCCGGUGCCGCUGCCGGUGCUGCUGCCGCUGCUGCUCCCGCCGGUCGCCGCCUUCAACCUGGAGGCGUCGCGGCCCGUGGUGUUCCGAGGGGCCCCCGGCUCCUUCUUCGGCUUCGCGCUGGACUUUUACCUGCCCGAGCCCCACAGUGUCAGCGUCCUGGUGGGCGCCCCCAAGGCCAACACGAGCCAGCCCAACGUGACCCAGGGGGGCGCCGUGUUCCACUGCCCCUGGCCCCCCCAGGGCGGCGCCUGCGCCCCCAUCGACUUCGACCACAUCGGGACCCGCACCCACGACUUUGGGGGCAACAGCAGCGACGGCGCCGAGCCCGUGGAGUUCAAAUCCCUGCAGUGGUUCGGGGCCACCGUGAGGGCCCACAACGGCUCCAUCCUGGCCUGCGCCCCCCUGUACAGCUGGAGCCCCCCCAAGGAGGAGGGGGGGGCGCGGGAGCCGGUGGGCUCCUGCUUCCUGUCCCUGGGCAACUUCUCCAAGUUCGUGGAGUACGCGCCCUGCCGCUCAGACCUGAACUCGGCGGCCGGGCAGGGCUAUUGCCAGGGGGGCUUCAGCGCCGAGUUCACACAGACCGGGCGGGUGCUCCUGGGGGGGCCUGGCAGCUACUUCUGGCAAGGGCAGGUGAUGUCGGCCACCCAGGAGCAGAUCACGGCCGGGAACUUCCCCGAGUACCUGAUCCAGGAGGUGCCGGGACAGCUCCAGACGCGGCAGGCGGAGCCCAGCCACGACGACAGCUACAUGGGUUACUCGGUGACAGUCGGGGAGUUCAGCGGUGACACCACGCAAGACUUUGUGGCCGGUGUCCCCAAGGGCAACCUCACCUACGGCUACGUCACCAUCCUCAAUGGCACCAACAUGAAGUCCCUGUACAACUUCUCGGGGGAGCAGAUGGCCUCGUACUUUGGCUACGCCGUGGCCGCCACCGAUGUCAACAACGACGGACUCACGGACCUGCUGGUGGGGGCCCCCCUGUUCAUGGCCCGUACCAAUGGCGCCGCGGGGGGGGCGCGGGAGCUGGGCCGCGUGUACCUGUACCUGCAGCGGGGGGGGGCCCCGCCCGCCGCCCCCGCCACCCUCACCGGCACCCACGAGUUCGGGCGGUUCGGCAGCGCCAUCGCCGCGCUCGGCGACCUGGACCGGGACGGAUACAACGACGUGGCCGUGGGGGCCCCGCUGGGGGCCGAGGGGCGCCGGGGGCUCGUGUUCAUCUUCCGGGGGGGGGGCGCGGGGCUGCGGCCCCGGCCCGCGCAGGUGCUGCGGGGAACGGGAGCGCCCCGGGGCCAGCCCGACUUCUUCGGGGCCGCGCUGCGCGGGGACAGCGACCUGGACGGCAACGGGUACCCGGACCUCCUGGUUGGCGCCUUCGGGGCAGACACGGCUGUGGUUUACAGGGGCCGCCCCAUUGUCCACGCCAGCGCCACCCUGGCCAUCGUCCCCUCCAUGUUCAACCCCGAGGAGCGCGGCUGCGCCCUGGCCAGCGGCCACCACGUGUCCUGCAUCAAUGUCACCUUCUGCCUCAACGCCUCCGGACGUCACCUGCCCGGGCCCAUCGGGCUGGCGCUGGAGCUGAGCGUGGACGGGGCCCGGCCGGGGGGGGCGCGGCGG